AGUCGCUUUUCCCGGCGGCUUUGUACCAUUGUAAAUACGACCUUUUUGUGAUUGCUGCACUAUUCUCGUGACUGGUUUUGGUUUCAGGGAAAACAAAUGCCGGUUUUGCAAAGCAGAAAAAAUCAACCCAAAACCAUUCGAUGGCUACCGGCCGGACCCGUGCAAUCUGGACAAUCGACGUUCUAGUGUAAUCUGUGGUGUAGUGAAGGGAAAAAUUAUAGUAAGUAAAUUUUUAUUUUACUCACAUGCCACUGGACCAUUUAUGGCAGACCGUUUGUCAGAUUACGUCACCGAUUACGCAACCAGCAAAAAUUGUGCAAGUCUACAGAUUUCUUCAAGCAAAUGGUGGACCUUUUUUUCUGUUGGUGACUGAACAUCCAAAUGGAAAAGCUGACAUUAAGGCCAGGCUUCCUGGUGUGCACGGAUACGCGCACAUACGCGUCAAGCGCAGUCCAAGCCCGAAGCCACCGACUGCUAAUCGGCCGAAAUCCUGGAAACCAUGUAGUGCUGGCAGACGCUGCAGCAGAACCGCUGCACUGCAAGAUUUAUCGUAAAGGGAAAACGAUCAUGAUCCGCAACUAUUCGAACGCCAAUCCCAUCCGUCUGAAUGGGUUCAAAAUGUACGGCGAAAAACCGCUCGCCGACUUAGACCUUAUCCACGUGUCGGUAUACCAGUUUAUCUGGCAUUACUUUGUUCCUCCCUUGCAAAGGGUACGGUGGAUUCCAGCCGACGAUGAUGGCGAUCUUCCGCUGGAUCGCAUUAAAGCAUAUUUGACGUGCGAUGCGCAUGGCAAUGUUACGAUUGCAUAUUUCACCAGCGGCCAAUUACCACCACCGAUCACGCUCGGCUAUGAGGAUUUGGUGAUGGACGAGGAGGCACUCGUUCGUCUGAUGACUGCCAAAAACCUCCGGGUCGAGGAAGCGCAGGAGAAGGAGCGGUACAGCUUGCUAAAGUACGCAGGAGAGCCCAACCGCCGCUUGUUGGCCAUUACUGAUCCCGCACACGAACGGAAACCCGAGGAUGUCAAAGAAGCAGGCUCGGUGCCGAUCAAUGGUGCGGAGUGCAAGCAGAAGUCGCUAGAAAAGGCGUCACUCGUCGAGAGCGUUGGCGAGUGUUACAAGGCGGAACCUGCUGAAGAAGCGGAUGGCCAACAGGUGGACGAGGAAGACCAGGUCAGAGAAAGAGAGGCAAUGUUUGACCGGAUGGAUGUACCCUGCGAAUUCGGGGACGUUUCAGAGAGUAUUGAAUUUUUAAACGCUACCUACGAACUUGACGUCGACUACGCUGGCAGCGACGUGGAAAUGGAAGCAGAAAAGAAGGAGAAGAAGGAGGACGACAGCCACGGUUUUAACUGGGAGGACUAUGAGAUGGUUUAUUUAGAGCACAGUGGGAACCAUUACGAGCCGCCGAAGCCCAUCCAACCUAAGGAGCUGUCCGAAGACUAUUAUUCUGACGAGGAGCAACAGUGCGACUUGCAGCAGGCAUACGACGCACUACCUCCGCCACCGAGCGCACAGCAAGCGGCAGAUUACGUUCGCCUGCUGCUGCCAGCGUUAGAUCAGGAUUGCGCAGAUGCCGUUGAGCAGGACGAGAAGCAGGGACCCGAUAUCGAGCAGGUCUAUCUUUUAGAGAAGGAUACAUGCACUACUCCACCAAUGCUCGAUCCACUCAAAGAGGAAUCCGCCAUGUAGAUCGUUGUUACUGAUGGGACAGGCCACGACUAGCCAAGGAGUAAGAUGUGUCGCGUAAUACGAUAGGUGAUUUGUCAUACGGCGUCAUCCAUGUUAUCUUAGAAUCUAGAAUCAUGUUCCCACUAUGUUUAGAUUGUUUGUAAAUGGCUACAUCGUUUGAGAUGCUCCUGUAAUAA